CUCCAUCAUUGGCUUCUUCAUAUUUCUAAAACUGGUAUGUUAAGAGAACAAAUGCAAACCAAUUUCUGUUUUUAGAAAGAAAUUACUUUCUAUUGUUAUAUCUUUCUUGAAAUAGAAAGAUAUAGGUCCAUGUAUAUAAUAACAAAUGGGUCGCAAUAGGCUUCCAAUGAAAAGAAUCGAGAACAACACAAGCAGAUUGGUCACAUUUUGCAAACGUAGAAAUGGACUCAUUAAGAAGGCUUAUGAGCUAUCGGUUUUAUGCGAUAUCGACAUCGCUCUCAUCAUGUUUUCUCCAUCCGGUCGCCUUAACCACUUUUCCUGUAAACGAAGAAUAGAAGAUGUACUUAAUCGAUUCGUAAAUCUCUCGGACUCUGAUAGAGGAAGUGUGAUUCAACAUACAGAGUAUUUGUACAGCCUCCUAAGCAAGAUCAGGGGUGAAAAUGAUUUGGCCAUCCAUAUUCCUUGUCCCGAAGCGAUCGAUGCGCAAUCUGAGGAAAUCCAUCAAGAAAUUAGCACCUUGCAUCAUCAAAUUCAUAUGGCUAAGGAACAAUUAAGGAUAUUUGAGCCAGACCCAACGACCUUUACAUCACUUUAUGAUUAUGAAUCGUAUGAGAAGUUACUUUAUAAGACGUUGGACCAAGUUAUACAACGCAAGGGAGAACGUUCAUCAAAAAAUGAGGAUCUCAGUGGCUGGCCUGAAAAUGUUUGUGAUGGUACAAAUCGAAUGAAUGGACAAACCCACCCAAAUAUGUUUACCUCAAGUUCACCUGAAAACACAUAUGAAGUCACUAGGAAUCAAUUGUCAGAUGCAAUGUUUGACCUAUUGCCAAAAUCAACCAUGAGUGAGGAACCACAAAGCAUUGAAGGGUUUCAAGGCUGUAACCAAGAGAGCCUGUGGCAUCAGUCAACUGAUGAGCUGUUAUCUUCUCUUAUGACACAUGAUGUCACUUUCUCAAUGACCAAGGAACAUUAA